AUGUGUGCCAAUUCAGUGUCCAGAAGUGCUGCAAUAUUAAAGAGCUGGAGAAAUGACCUUACAUUUCCUAACCAUUUCAACAUUGCUGUUAGCGAAACCAAUUCUACACUUAUCCUAAGUCAAAAUCAACUGCAAGCACCCAGAUUUACGACUUCUUCUUUGAGCGUCAGCAUCAUUAGGCUAGGAACAACAAAAAUUGUGCAAUGUCAAGCAUUCGAUAAAAGUUAUUUUCCUAGAUCUUCUUCAUCUUCCUAUGUAAAUUCUUCUAUUGAUAGUGAUGACGAAAUUAUUACUACACCAUAUGAGCAAGUUCCAUCAGAUAAUAAUGAACAGAGUGCUGAGAAUAGUGAUUGUGAUGAAUGGUGUGAUUUAGAAGAAGAUGUAGAUGGUGACGAUUUUGUAGUAAGAAAGAAUACAUUAGUUGGUAUUGAACCACAUGUGGUACGAAACCAAUAG